UCCAGUGAGUUAAGCGGAACUGUUGCUCCCCUGUUCCAUGACCGAGUCGGACAAAUUUAUCGACGCACCACCAAUGUCAAACCCAGCACCCUUCGCAUAGAAAUAACUGACCUGAGGACUUGGUCUUAUUUCGGGUUAACUGCUCUAUCAUCCACACAUACGGUUCAAUUGAAACCCGUUCACCCUUUCACGCAGUUUGGUUCUGCGUUUCUUUGUCUCGGACUCUCGCACAGGCGAAUCUAACCGGACAGGAUGCGCCUCACGCUGCAGGCGUUGAUCUCGCACGGCCGGGUGGCCCGGAAGAUGGGUCUGGGUCCCCAGUCCCGGAUCAACAUGCUGCGGAACAUUUUGACAGGACUGGUGCGACAUGAGAGGAUCGAGACCACGCUGGCCAGGGCAGACGAAGUCCGCUUCUACGCCGAAAAGCUGGUUGACUAUGCCAAAAAGGGAGACACUGAUGAGAAGGCGAUGAAAAUGGCCAGUUUUUGGCUGACGGAAAAGGAUCUGGUCCCAAAGCUCUUCAAGGUCCUUGCCCCGCGGUUUGAGACUCAGUCGAACGGUUACACACGGAUGGCACGCAUCCCCAACAGAGAGAACCUGGACAGAGCUAAGAUGGCCGUCCUGGAGUACAAAGGCAACCCCUUCCCGCCUCUCUAUCCCGCGAAAAAGGAGAACGAACUGACCCUCAUCAACCAGCUGCUCAAAGGCUACAGAGAGGACAGGGCACAAGAGUUAGCUGCGAAAUCAUAAUUCAUACCAUGGUGGGGGAUAAACGCUUAACUUGCUGACGGUCGAUGGUUUGGAUGCUGAAAUGCACUAAAGAGUCACGUGCAAACUGUGGCCUAUAGAGACUGAUGCGUUUCUUCAGCAAAAGAACAGUUCAAAAGCUACAUUGCGUACAGGUGCAGCCAAGAACAUUUCUGUAAGAGAGCAUAUCUGAUUGGUUAUGUAUUAAUAAAUGUGAUUUCCUAACCGAA